AAACCCAUCCACGAACUACGCUCGAUCGUUAGUUACCUUGACUUUCUCCCUUGAAACCCAUCCAAGGAUCCCUCUUUUGAUCCUUACCUUACGUCUCUUGCUUUCUUCCCCUACCCUCACUCUCGCAGGACCUAAAACCGCCUACCAUGUUUCGUCGGCGCUGGUCAGGUCUCCCGGCAGACCCGGUGUUCGCCUCCGACCUCACCGAGCUCGGUUACUUCGUGAACGACGUUGACGAGAUUCGUUCGAUCCAGAACCCUGGUUACUACUUCAAGUAUUUCCUGACCAAGAACGAGCGAUGGAACGAGCGCCAACGCUUUGCAAUGAACGAAGCAAUCGCCAAAAUCAUCAGUUCCCGUCUCGACGCUGAAGGAUUAACUACCAUCACCCUCCCGCUUGGCACCCCCAAGACGAAACCUCAUGUUCCCAUCCGGAUCUCGUCCGAUCUCCACGCCCGCUCAACUCGCGUGGUCCUCCUCUUCGGUGAAUCCGCCCAAGAGUUCGGCGUCCUUGCUCACCGGGUAAUCGGCGGACCAGGCGGCAUUACCAAGGGCUCAGUCCUGAGUUUCGUCCAGGCCCUGAAAGCCCAGCAGUCAUCUGCCACCGACCCGUCCCCGCCAGGCAUCAUUCUCACCAACCCAGGCGAGCUGUGGUGGUGGCCGGAGGGCAAACGGGGACUGACGCCGACUGGCCGCCAUUCUAUACCACUCAGCAGCGCGGUGCACUAUGGGGUGUACCAUGACCCGGACAAGAACGAGAUCCCCGAGAACAGGACGAUUGCCGAGCACGUGGCCUGCGUUCUUGAAAGCGUUGUAGAAACGCUAGUCAACAAGAUGGCGAAGCUGGACGUCAUUGCCAUCGGGGACGUGGCAGAGGCAGUUGAGGAAUACCUAAAUGACCAUGCUGUCUGGGAAAGGAUUGGUCAUAGGAUGAACACGCUUGUGGUAUUGGGCGGGUUUUACAACUCGGCCAACUUCAAGUGUGAAGGGUUUAAGCAGUUCAUGAGCGAGCGCGGCCGUGCCUACGUUCUUCAUCACAUGCCGCUGGACAACCCGGUCGCCGGAGCUGGCGGCAAUCCCAAAUCGGCAUGCUUCACCUCAUUCGGCUGCCCCGUUUACAGCGCAGGUAACGCAGCACUCACCGAGAUGUUGCUCAUUGAGACACAGUCGGCGGUGCUGAAGUGGAUACAACAAAUAGCGCUGAAGGGCGACGGAUACAAGAACGAGAUGUUUGAGAUUUACGGUGAAGAAGAUGGCUCCUGCAUUGAAAACGGGGAGGACUCAUGGGGUGCCUGGGAAGGAGAGGCCGCUGACGAGACCGCCAUUGAGAAGGUGGAGAACUAAGGGAUAUGUAAAGCGAAGCACAUCCUUGAGGGUUGCAUACUCAAAGAGUUGGCUCGAUGGCGUAAUCCGAGGUUUGUGAUGACCUCGAAAGCAACUCAGAUACCUAUAAACGCAUACCAGAGUGGCAGCUAGUCCGACAGAUCUCUCAAUCUGAUACAUUGCUUCCCCAUGCGGUUCGUUCCUG